AUGUCGUUCAGUGAUUACGGAUUCGACAUAUUCCCGUACUUCGGCGGUCGAUCCCGCCGUCAGAAUCGUCAGAGGGCGAUCGGUAACGGCCUCGCCGACGGCGACUGUCGUCCGAUCAGGAAGAGGCGACAGAAGCAGAAGCCUCAGCAGCAGCUCGUGCACGCCGACUCGUGCUACCAGCGAAUAAUCGAGCACCUCAUCGAAUUGGGCACUUUGGCCGAGAAUCAGCUCGUAAGGGUCAAGGGCGAAUUGGCCAAGUACAAGCAGAUCGAGCUGAGCGAGGAACAGAUCGAGAAGUUGAGGAACUUGGAAGACACGGAGUGGGACGAGUGCUCGAGCGAGUACAGGAGGGUGAUCGAGUACGUGAGAUUCGACGCUACCGGCUGCGCCUUCAUCCCCGAUGAUCAGCAAGAUGACUCGUCGAGCUACGUCUUCGAGACGGCCAGUGUCACGUGGAGCAUACCCGGAUUGGAUUGGAGCCGCGACGCACCCCACGCGACCAUCACGGAAAUCGAGGAGAAAGAUCGGCAGAUCAUCGAGCUCCAAAACGAGUGCAAUGUGAAAGAUGCCGAGCUCGGCCGCUCGGAGGAGCAGAACCGAUACCUCGAGUCGAUCAUGGACAAGAUGAAGUCGGAGAUCCAAGUGCUCGAGGACAACUCUAGAAACACCCAGAGCGAAAUCGAGCGAGUCGUCCAGCAGAAGAGCGAGGAGCUCGUGGCGACGAAACAGCGGAUCGAGCAGCUGGAGGUUGAAUUGAGGCAAGAGCAGCGGGCGCACUCGGAAGACUCGCAGAAAGUCGCGAAUCUUCGACGGGCCCUGCUCGAUGCGCAAUCUCUGCACGACACUCUGACGAACGAGCUGAAAGUCGCCAAGCAGCGAUUGGAGACCCUGGGCAAGGAGAACUCGUCGCUCCAGGCGACGAUGAAGCAGCUGCAGCGCGAGAGGGACGAUCUGCGCAAGCAGAACCGCGAGCAGGACGGCGAGAUCGAAAAGUUGCUCGACAUUGUGCAGCGGCUCAACGACAAGUACGACAGGGCUCUGGAGGAGGCGAGCACGAGCGAGGAGCGUCUGAGCCAGUGCAAAGCCCAGCUACUCACCAUGGAGUCGGAGGUCAGUCGGCUGGUUCGCGAUCUGAGCCAGGUCUUCGGAGCCGGUGUCGCUCACGUCGCUGGUAGUUGCUGCGACGACGUCAACGACACGGAGGCGAGCAGCAGCGGUAACAGCGACAUCGGCGAUUCUGUGGCGGCGGCGGUUCACGCGCACGAGGAGGAGGAGGGGCAGCAGCCCGACCAGGCCAAGCUGCUGAGCCGCGGCUUCGAGAGGCUCAUGCGGGAGCACGAGCGUUGCGCCAAGCAGCGAGCCGAUCUCGCGCGACAGAUACAGCGGCUGAGGAGCGAGGAGCGGACCAAGCGCGACAGCGACAUCAGGUCCGCCGCCGAGAACUUCCGCUCCGUCAAGAGCGACAUGAAGAAGAUCGUGGACGACCUGCUGCUGCGCAUCGACGCCCAGCGCCGCCUCGAGGAGACCGAGCAGGCCUACAUGGGGGUGGUCAAGGAGGCCUCGGCCGCCCUGGAGAAGCUGCGCGCGAGCAUCGACGAGCACCGCGACUAUCGCGAGUGCGAGAAUUUUCUCCUGCUCGAGCUGGAGCGCAUGCAUCAGGCCCUGCGCAGAUCCGACGACGCUUUGAGGAGUAUGAUCGAGGACACGACCUCGACCGAGUUGCUUCCCGUCAUCGAGGAGAGGGACAGCGACGAUUUUAUCGAGCAGCAGCGUCCCUUUACCGUCAAGAACGUGACGACUCAACGAAUUCUUCAAUGCGUCGACAACUCCAAUCAGAUCGUCACGAGGAUUACUGCGAUUUUAACGCAAAAUUCGAUUAUCAAGUCGAUGUACAAAGACGAUUUGGAGCAUCAGCUCAACGUCGCGCUAUCCGAGCUCGAUGACAUGGACGCGCAAAAGAGUCAGCUUCAGGACGACCUCGAGCGCAGUCGAGGCAAGUGCCAACAGCUCGUGACCGAUCUCGACAAGUGCAGAUAUCUUCUCGCGGAGAAAAAUAACGAGCUCCAGUUGGUCGUGCGACAGAUGCAGGACAGACUCCAAGUGAGCCUGGAGAAAAUCGACGACAUGAACAAUCGCCUGGCCCUGGCCGAGGAGAGCUACGUGAUUCUCAAGCUGGAGAAAAACGAGCGCAUCGAGUCGCUGGAGAAGCAGCUGCGCCAGGAGCAGUCCAAGCUCAAGGAGUCGCUCGACUGCAACGAUCUGCUCUACUCGAAGCUGCUCGAGGCCGGCGAGACGAUCAAGCAGCUGGAGCGCAGCGUGAUCCAGGACACGGUGCGCAAGGUCGACUUGGACGCGCUCCAGCUGCUGCAGGACCAGGUCGCGGAUCUGGUCGAGGAGAAGAACGAGCUGGUGACGAGGCUGAGACAGCUCGAGUCGCAUCUGUACGCCCUGCAGCGCGACCGAACUAAAGUGAAGAAUCACCUGGACAGGGUGUCGGUGGAGAAUCAGGAUCUCGAGAGGCAGAUCGACGUGUUCAAGCGGGAGAACGAGAAAUUGCUGAUGGGCCAGAAGCAGAAAACGAGAGAACACACGCAGGAGCUGAUCGACAACGUCGAUCAUCUGGUCAAGAGAUUCGAGCAGUUCAACAAGGCGGUCGUCACGAAACCCGCUACUAUCGAUCCGGCCGUUCAAGCGUUGCAGCAGCAAGUGCGCGAGCAAAAGGACAAGCUGCGCUUCCAAGAGAAAGAGUUGCUCAUGAAGGACAAAGAGGCGAGCGACAGAGAACAAACGAUCGGCCAGUUGAAGGAAGAGUUGGCCAAGACCGAGGAACGGAAUCGAGCCAACUGCAGCAAUCUCAGCGACAUGCUCGAGCAGAUUCAGCAGCUGAAACGAGAAAAAUCUGAGCUUAAAAUCGAGUUCAAACGAACGACGGCCAAGUACGAGGAAAAAUUGACCGAGGCCUACAAGCAGAGCCAGCAGAAGAAUCAAUCGAUUCGCAACGUCGACGCUUGGAUUCAGUCGCUCAACAAGAUGGAACGACUCGAGCUGCACGACAGGAUCUGCACGACUCCCCUCUGUCCCAACAGCGCCUUCGACAUGUACGAGGAGCAGAGGAAGAGAAGCGUACGGGAAAGUAUGUUCAAUCAUCAGUGCCAGCUGAAAAAGACACCCGGUAGCGUCGCCGCCGCCUAUCCGAAGAGAGAGACCUGCAACAAGAGCAACAACAAUCUUGGAUCGAGAGUCGCGACGCCGAAGACUCAUCGCAGCGGCGCGAGCAGCAGAGCCCCCCGAGCGACCAUGAGCAGCCACUCGAUCGGCUCGGAAAAGAGCCAAGCUUCGACCAAAUUGAAAGCUUAUCAGCGCUGAAUGAAUAAAAAAAAACUUUUUUUCUACUUUGGAUUCUCUCUUUCAAGUGUGCAUCGUUUUACGGGCGCGACAAAAAUAGUUGUAAACGCCAGGGUGUUACAAAAAC